UCCAGAGCCUUCUCCGAUCUCAUUCCCCCAAAUCCGACCAAACCCUAGCACCGGAGGCGGAGAUCUGCAAUGGCCAUGUCGGACCUCGCGGCCGCGGUGAUCUCCACGGCCAACGGCCGCGUGAACGAGGAGACGGUGGAGAUCCGGGAGGUGUGGGCGGACAACCUGGAGGCGGAGUUCGCGCUGAUCCGCGACGUCGUCGACGAGUUCCCCUUCGUCGCCAUGGACACCGAGUUCCCGGGCAUCGUCUGCCGCCCCGUCGGGGCCUUCCGCUCCCCCGCCGACUACAACUACGCCACCCUCAAGGCCAACGUCGACAUGCUCCACCUCAUCCAGCUCGGCCUCACCUUCUCCGGCCCCACGGGCGAGCUCCCGGCCCUCGGCGCCGGCCGCCGCCGCUGCGUCUGGCAGUUCAACUUCCGCGAGUUCGACGACUCGCGCGACAUCUACGCCACCGACUCCAUCGAGCUGCUCCGCCACAGCGGCAUCGACUUCCGCCGCAACGCCGAGCGCGGCGUCGACGCCCGCCGCUUCGCUGAGCUGCUCAUGUCCUCGGGCGUCGUGCUCAACGACGGCGUAUACUGGGUCACCUUCCACGCCGGCUACGACUUCGGGUACCUGCUCAAGAUCCUCACCUGCGACACCCUCCCGGACACGCAGGCCGGAUUCUUCAAGCUCAUGAAGAUUUAUUUCCCCACCGUCUACGACAUCAAGCACCUCAUGAAGUUCUGCAACAGCCUGCACGGCGGGCUCAACAAGCUCGCCGAGCUCCUCGACGUGGAGCGCGUUGGGGAGUCCCACCAGGCCGGCUCCGAUAGCCUGGUCACGUCAUGUGCCUUCUGGAAGCUCAAGGAUUCCUUCUUCGCUGGAUCGACGGAGAAAUAUGCAGGCGUGCUCUAUGGGCUCAAUGCAGAGAAUGGCGUCACUGCACAUUGACGGAUGAUCGCUCCCUUAGCUCUGUGAAUGAAUUGGUUUAGGACAGACAGAUGACCAAGCAGGCAAAAUGAGGACCAGUUAUGUAGGUUGAGUUAUCUCGCUCAAUCCCAUUUCAUUGAAUGUAGUGUUUUUCAGUAUUCCCAUUGAAAUGGUGUUUUUUUUAA